CCUAGCCUCUUUUUUACAUAUUACAUUUGCAGUUAGGUUUUUUGCAAUUAUUAUUUUUGCUUAUUGAGAAAAACAUUUUAAACUUAUGUUAAUUUAUCAAUGUCAUGUCAUGUUUACUUUAAUGUAAUGUGACUCAAGUUUAAUAAAAUAAUAGCUUGUUUUGUAGUUCUAACUUCAAAUUUGAUUGAAAUCGAUUUAAAACUGAUGUAACGGUAGAUAAUUUAUUGUUUACGACCAAGUUUCUUUUUUCAUCAAGCCAUGGAUACGCCAAGAACAAAAAAUGCUUCAGAAGGAAUUGCGCCAAUGGGCAUAUUAUCCUUGAAUGAGAUGGUAGCAGAACCUGAGUCGAGGUACGAGUGUCCCGUAUGCCUAAACUGGCUUCGCGACCCGGUGAUCACCACUUGUGGUCACAAAUUCUGCAAAAGCUGCAUAACUUCAUGGUUACAAAAUAGUGGACACUGUCCUAUAGACAACAUCAACCUGAGCAUGAAAGUGGACAUAUUUCCUGACAACUAUACUAAGCGGGAAAUACAAGAACAGAGGAUGUCCUGUCCCUUUGCUUCUAUGGGUUGCUCAGUAAAAGUGACCCCAUUAGACUUGGACGCGCACAUAGCCUCCUGUGAACACAAUCAGCCUCAGACCUCCAGCCAAUGCGUGCCAUGCUCUUUCCGGGUAUUGGGGUGUAAGGAGCAGUUCAGCAGCCAGGAGGAGGCCCAAGAGCACGUUAAGAGAGACACCAUGACGCAUUUGAGCUAUCUCGUGAACGCUUAUUCAGAGAUGAAGAUAACCAACGACAUGUCGAAUGCGAACAUCGACCCGAAAGAGCAGGAAGCCAUGGUUCUGUGGGCGCCAGACAAGGACGGCGAGAGCAAGCCCCCGUCGCUCACUAACGCAAGCGCGCUCAUACGAGCAUUAUACGAACGAGUAGUAGUAUUGGAGCAAAGAAACCGCGAGCAAGACAUCGUAAUAGGCAAUAUCUCGAAGCAGCUUUCCGCUUUGACCGUCGCCAAACGAAAACAGAACAACGAAAUGCUCCUACGAUACUGCAUGGGCAACUAUAUAUGGAGGAUCGACAAUUUCAAAACUAGGUUGGACGCUAUGCUAAAGGAUCAUUCGAAAAUGCUGUACAGUCCAGGGUUUUACACCACGCCUAAUGGUUACAGGUUCUGCGUCCGGCUCAACAUAUCCCCUCAGAACCCGCUCUGCUUCGCCCUGCACGUGCACCUAAUGAAAACUGAUUACGACGAGUGCCUCGAAUGGCCCUUCAACGGGCGCAUCUCCUUCUCCAUGGUGAACCAGUACGAGCCGGAGCUGACGCAGCGGGACACGAUGAUGUCCAACUCCAACCUGAUCGCGUUCCGGCGGCCCGCGGCCGAGAUCUGCCUGCGCGGGUUCGGCUACACGGAGUACGCCGUCGUGAGCGACGUGGUCAGGAACGGCUUCGUCAAGGACGACUCUCUCGUCUUCAGAGUGCAUAUCAAGUGUGUAUGACACGAGGAUUGACUUUUUGGUUCUUUACUUUUGUUAACCUUUUCAACGCCAGACGGCGAAGGAAUAUGCCGUGCCCCGGACGCCAGGCGAUCGUGAUUAUUUAAGCGAAAUUGAACUUUACGGAGCCCCGCGUAAAGUCCCUAUUGCAUUGGCGAAGCUGAGGGCUGUGGCCGUCGUUGGCGUCCUUGGCAAGACUUUCCGAUGACGUCCACAGCCGUAUAGACAUGGGGAAAAGCGUUACAUUUUGAUUGAAGAACCGGUCGUCCCCUUUCCUCUUAAUUUAUAACAUUCCGUUUCAGACUAUUGUUAAGUGUCGUAUACAUACCUACCUAGUAUUAUAAUUACGUGAAUCUGUUAGUAAUAAGAUUGCUACGUGUUGAAUCGUAUAAUACAGUGAUAUAACGGUACCGUCCUUGUAACAUGUCCGUCCGAAUAUUGAAUUUAGUGUUUUAUACUUUACAUACAAAUAUGUACUUAUUUUGUAGCCAUAUGUCAUAGAAUAUUACAUUAUUAUUAUACAUUCGUUUUAUUUUAUAAUUUCUUAUUUAAUUCAUGUUUUAUCGUGUUGUUAGAUGUGUAAAUGUACUUAUGCUGUUUUUGCAAAUCAUGAUUAUAUAAUAA